UCCGUACUUAUACCAAAUUGAUCGACUGUGUGACCCAAGAACGUUAUUGAAUUUACAAAUAAUUCUGUUUUUUCAGGGUUAAUCGUCCAGCCGCAUUCCUGGAGCCGCAAAAAGAGCUCCUGUAAAUCACGCAUAUGAUCUGCCAGGUUUUUACUGAAGACAAUAAUGUCAUCAAUAAAAACCAACACGUUCCUCCACUUCAUGUUCGCAAGCGUCAAAUCCAUGGCGCGCUGGAAAGCCGAAGGCGCGUCCUUCAUCCCAAAAGCUUGGAGCCAUUUACGAUCCUCGAACGACGUACGAUACGGAGGCGUUCUAACCGGCAAACUCGUACCUGUGUCCACGGAGUGCUCAUAAAUGGUACAGCAUCCCACAGGGCGGGCUUUAGUCGGAUCAACAGCGCUGACGGCAGGUGGCGGCAACUGCAUGGCCACACAUUCAUGGACUUUCUCCGGCACUGGAAUGCCCUUGUCAUCACUGGGAACAUCACUAAUCGCUUCUUGACAAUUCUCUUGGAACUCCGGCGAGUCCAUCUGAUAGACCGCAUCGACGAGCGCGACUUCGCCAAGGUGGAAGGCGGACAGUCAGCAUCCGUACGUACAUCCGGCGUAUGAUCCUACUCCCAUACGUCAGUAUCACAAUCAUGUGAACAAACGAGCGUACUCGUAUAAGCAUUCUGACUCGUACAAGCAAGAAGGAGUUAGUAGCAUUCCUGCUUUUACAGUACGGUAUCUGUAGCAUGCGUCAAGUGUACCAUUUCCAUAAUUAUGACGUUUGCGCUCGUAUUUGUUCGUGCAUGACUGAAAAGGUGAUUUACUUUCUAUGGAAAUUUCUCUGUGGUCGUGCACUGCUUUAACAAGGCUGAUGUGUAGUUUUAUCUUUUGCUCGGCAAUCGGCGUAGAAUGUGGUCGAAUUUCACAACCGUUGAAAAAAAGUCGUUGCCUAAGCUUGUGGUUCUGCAGAACGUUAGAAACACAGGAUCAAUAAUCAAAGAAAUUUACCAGUAUUCCAUCAUAACAAUCACGCUGAACUGAUCACUGAUGUACGUAUGAAAAUCUUCAAAUACUGCGGAAGAAAAGUUAUUUCUUGUAUCCACGGUCGGUUUUUCAUUGAAUGUGACCACAAUAGGAUGAUCAUUAUCUGCACAUCUUUGAGUUAUCGGCCGCAAAAGCACUUAUUGCUGCAGCAGAU